CACACAAGAAGUGUCCGUUCAACAUUACGGCCCUCUUCAGGCGGAUUUUCAAGGCGAGACCGGAAGUGCGUUCAGUGUACUGUCACCACGCAGAGGAAAGCGGUGAGCACUGAGAUCAUCUGCUUCAAGGAGUACCUGAACCUUACCUGUGCUGAUCUAGCAAGAAGCUGAUAGGAUGUCUGGAGAUUUGCCUCUGAAUAUCAACAUUAAGGAACCACGAUGGGACCAGGGCACGUUUAUGGGCCGAGCUCAGCACUUCUUCAUGGUGACGGACCCCAGAAAUGUGCUGCUGUCCAGUGAGGUUUUAGAGGAUGCCAGAGUUACUGUGGAGAACUACAGGUUGGGAAUCGUGAAGCCUGGGCUAACAGAAGAUGAACUAUGGAGGGCCAAAUACAUCUAUGACUCUGCUUUCCACCCAGACACAGGAGAGAAAAUGCUGCUAGUUGGACGCAUGUCUGCACAAGUGCCCAUGAACAUGACCAUUACGGGUUGCAUGCUUACCUUUUACAGGACAACCCCAGCAGUGGUGUUCUGGCAGUGGGUAAACCAGUCCUUCAACGCCAUUGUCAACUACACUAACCGCAGUGGAGACGCGGCAAUCACCAUGAAUCAGCUUGGAGCAGCCUACGUUAGUGCUACAACCGGAGCUGUAGUAACAGCCCUUGGACUGAAGUCUCUGGCCAAGCACUUGCCACCUAUUAUGGGGCGUUUUGUUCCAUUUGCUGCAGUGGCAGCAGCAAACUGUAUCAACAUACCCUUCAUGAGACAAAGAGAGCUGAAGUGUGGCAUUCCUGUUACCGAUGCUGAGGGAAAACGUCUCGGAGAAUCAAGUAAAGCUGCUCAGCAAGCCAUCGUACAAGUGGUGGUGUCUCGUAUCGGCAUGGCAGUGCCAGCCAUGGCUAUUCCUCCAGUUAUCAUGAAUGCCUUGGAGAAGAAGGCCUUUAUGAAACGGUUUCCGGUUCUCAAUGCCCCUGUACAAGUUGGACUUGUUGGACUCUGUCUGGUGUUUGCCACUCCGCUGUGCUGUGCUCUGUUCCCACAGAAGAGUUCUAUGAAGGUGAGCAGCCUGGAGCCAGAGCUUCAAGAGAAUAUACGACAAAGCAAUCCGAACAUCACUACUGUUUAUUUUAACAAGGGUCUGUAGAGAGGUCUAGGUUGCAGCCCAUGUUGAUGUCCUCCACUGCACUGGAGGUGAAGGGUAGAACAUAUUUAUUUUUGUUUUAUAUUUUUUUUUGACAGUUUUACCCAUGUCAUUGUAUUAUCCAAAAUGAAGGUCAGAACUUGCUGCUGGAUUUAGUUAAAGAUGCUUGAAUGUUAACUGCUGCAUUGCUUUGCGCCUCCAUCUUGUGUUGACCACACACACGUAGACUUAUUUACCCGUAUAUUCAUUACUUUGAUUUAUACUAGAUUAUCGUAGGCAUGUUGUAUGAAUUUUUUUUUUUUUUUUUUCAUUUCUUGAUGUUUGGCUUGGAACUUUCUAUGAUUUCUAGGUUUGUGACUCAAACGUCGCUCAAAAUUUUCCCAUGUGCGUUGUUACUAAAGACAGUUAAGGAAAUUGGGUUUUCAUCUUUAUUCUGCUAGAAGGAGUAUUUCCACAUUUCAUGCUCCUCUAUGUGCCCAUUAAGUGCACUUACGCAGUGAACGCAGUGUGCUUUACUCUGUACUACAAAAGAAACCUUGAGAUGUGCAAACACUCCUUCAUGAGCACAUCAACAAUUAUCGGGUGACUAUCACUGAUAUCAUUUCCUGCAGGCCAUACUUCAUUAUUUCUGUUUAAGCCUUAUAGACCUGUGUGGUUUGAAGUCAUUGCAAAUGUCUCCAAGACAUCUGGUUGUGUGGAUUGUAGUUUGUGUACUCAAGAAAGGUCAAAAUAAUAUUUAUUGGAAUAUUUAAUACUUAUUAUUAGUAUUUGUGAUUGUAUGAAUAAUUUUCCCAAAUAUGACAGAAUGUGUCUGGGCUUAAAGACAAGCACUACAUAUCUCAGGCAGCAAGAGCAAAUGAUAAGAACAAAGUUUGCUCAUAUUCGAUAGAAAUAUGUUCGGUUGGAGUAUGAAGAAAAAGUUGCUUCAUAUGCCCUGCUUGAUCAUGUAUUAUAUCUCAGACAUGUACAGUUAUGGGAACAACAAUCAGAUUUCUUUAUUGUUUUCAUGGGGGAAUCUAUUAUGUGUUUUAUUAAUAUAUAUGAUGAUGUCAGUCAUAGUAUCUGUAGUAUAUGAUAUAACCAUUAGUUAGUUCACUAGCCUCUGGUCCUGUAACUUGAGCACAUAUGAUCAAACUUGUUUUCCCUGAUGUAUUGUGGUAAUGUUACGGUGUGUAGUUUUGUUGUUUGAAAAAGUUAACAAACCUUUACCGUGGUUUUUUGUUUGUUUGUUUUUAGACUUGUCAUUAUUAGACUUGUCAUCUCAUCAUAUCCUCUAAGAGGCAGUAGAGAUCUGUUGUUUUUGACCUAAGCACUCCAUUGUAGGCAUAUAAUUUCGCCUAAUAUCGAAGCACAUUUAAUGUUACACAGGUACAGUAUGCUGUUGAAAGCAGUCAUGGUUUGAUGCCUGCUUUAUUUAAUGCACAAAUUCCCUGUUACAGUGAUGAUAAUACAAAAACAUGUCUAGGUUUGAUAUAGAGACGUGUUGGAUUUGUUAUGCAAAUAUGACUAUUUGAUUGUGAUUUAUACAAAACUCUGAUUUCUAAUCGGGAUGUCCUGUUACACCAAAUAUCAAGGACCACUUCAGCCACCUAGUGUCAAGACUCGUUCUUCCUUUUAAAAUGCGCAGUGUACCCGCAUAUAAAGUUUGGUUGGUCAUGUAAUGCUCACCAGCAUCACAAUGCUUUAUAGUGAUGCUCAACAUAAUAGACACAGAAUUCCAAACUUAAACCGACAAAUGUUAUACUGUCAGUACUGUCAUAGCAUCCUGACCCAGCUUACUGUCUGUAAUAGCAGCAAUACACCAAAUUAUUAACAAAGGUUGUGUUUCAAGGUCUUUCAAAUAUUUUAUGAUUUUAAAUUGCACUAGACCACUGACAAUGUUUAUAGGAUGUAAAACCAUAAUGUUGUAAUUGUACAGAUUUAAUAUCAUGUUAAUGAACUUACAGUGAUCAUGUUACUUUAUAUAUGCAGUUAUAACAUUAUGGUUGUCCAUUAAAUUGUCUUAUGUCAAAACAAAAUAUAGACUGUCACACCAAAUAAGACCUCGCCAAAAGAAAACUGAUUCACUGCACAUAUGCUUGAUGCUCGGAGCACAAUUUAUUGAUCGGUCUCCUUUAGUAUGAAAAGUGCAAGUGCAAUAAUUGGGUUGAUGUACUUGCAUGUUAAGGAAGACCCACUUAAGCAGUUAUUGUAUAUGUUAUUAUUGGUGCUUAUUGUUUUAUUUUUCCAGCGUUUUAUAUUGUUUUGUUAAAUCAUUGUAUUUUAUCUGGAACAAUGUAAUAAAGAUAUUAAACUACA